CAAGUACCCAUAGAAAAUACAAAGUACCCAUAGAAAAUACAAAGUACCCAUAGAAAAUAAAAGUGGAAUAAAAAAUACUAAGUGUACUUAUGGGCCUUCGUAAGUUUUUAGCUCCAAAACACAAUCUGUCGUCUGAUUUUCAGUCAGGAUGGUUGUUUCAGCACUAAGGACAGAGCCGGUUCACAAUGAGGGCGACGGAAUACAGCAAACUCAAUUCGCGACCACUUUUUAACAUUUAAUAAGGAAAAAAGCGACGUAAAAGUUACGCAAAGCAUACAAAAUACACAUAUCGUAAAUAAAGUCAAUAUUCUAUCAUUAUGGUGUAACUUUUUAAGGAGAAUUCUGAAGUAAAGGUGACUUGAUAGGUGUGUGUUUUUGUUGCCUUGCUCGUGACCUCUGACCCCCUCACAACAACAAAGGUGAAGAUGGUUCCUGUGUAUAUGCGGUGGAUUGUGAUCGUCUUUCUGGCGUGGGGAGUGCUACAACACCUCAUCAAGCUAUGGUUCACACUUGGCUACCACAAGGCUGUUCUUUUCAACCAUCAACCUGGCCCAUGCCGGGUUGUGCCAGGUGUGGAACAUGGAGCUGAGGACAUCACCACACUGCCAAAUGGACUGGCGUUUAUAUCUGCGGGCCUUUGGCUCCCAGGAUUCCCUCACGACAGGUCAGAAGUCAGAGGUCGCAUCCUGACCUUUAACUUCAGUGACCCGGAGAAGGGCGUGAAGGAGCUGAACUUUAGUGAGGAGUUCGACCGGGAAAACUUCAACCCCCAUGGGCUCAGCGUGUGGACCGAUCCGCUCUCAGGAAGAAUCAGCGUGCUGGUGAUCAGCCACCAGAGGAGGAAGGACCAGGUGGAGGUGUUUACUUACGAUGUUGCCACAGAAACCCUGGAGCACCAGGAGACCAUCAGAGAUGAACUCAUUUACAGUGGAAACGACUUGUUAGCCCUCGGCCCCGACUCCUUCUACCUCACCAACGAUGUUUCUCACGGUGCCCGGGGCUCCUCGCUCGCACGGAAACUCGAGACGUACCUCCUGCUCCCGUUCGGAAAUGUCGUGUUCUACAACGGAACGCAGGCGCGGCCCGUAGCGGAAGGUCUGGUGUUCCCUAACGGUGUCAAUAUGUCCCCGGACAGGAGGUACAUGUAUGUGGGGGCAGGGUUCACAGAAGAGCUGCGGAUCUUCAGGAGGUUUGCAAACAACAGUCUGGUGCAGAUAGAGUCGCUGCCGCUGCACAGUUUUGUGGAUAAUAUCGAGGUGGACUCGAAAACUGGUGAUCUCUACAUCGGCCUGCAUCCGGUCAUUGGCAAAACACCCUUAAUACACUACGACCCAUGGGACCCUCCUGGGGCACAGGUUUUGAGGGUGAAAAAUGCAGUGAGGGGUCCUGACAUCACAGAGCUGUUUGUCAACAACGGCACGACGCUUCAGGGCAGCAGUGUGGCCAGCUUCCACCAGGGGGCGCUGCUGAUCGGGUCAGUGUUCGACAGACUGCUGUACUGCCAAGUCAGGACUACGUAGCAAAAAAAUGUGGCAGAAUUUCUGACUGUUUCUUGUAACAAACACGGCCUAAAAGAAAACUUCCGGGACUAAUAAUACUUGUAAUAACUAUUAUAACUAAUAGUUUAAAGAUGUAGGUUAGACAUCCAGGUAAUGAGCUAUACAAAACAAUAGUUACAUUUUAUACAUCAAGCAACUGGAUAGAUCUGGAUAGAUUUUGAAGACUGACAAUGACAGUUUUCAAAGUCUAUCCAGUUGCUUGGGUAUCUAUUUUCUUGUGCAACUAAUAGUUUGGUCGCCAGUUUUAACAAAAUGAAUUCUUAAA